AUAGUGAUAAUAAUAUAGUUAGCUAACACGUUACUUUAUUGUUUCCGCUUCGUAAACACUUGGCUGAGUUGGCUCGAAACUAAAACUGGAUCAUCAUCUUUAUCAUCUUCUUCUCCUACCUCCAUACCCUGACUCUGCAUUUUCAAGGGAAGCAAUUGUACUUGCAUAAAUAGUUGGAAGUCAGGAAUCAGGAUCAAAUUCCUACCAGUAGUCUAUCUGUAUGGCUACCACCAAGAUAUACAUAGUGUACUACUCUUUACAUGGACAUGUGGAGACUAUGGCACGAGAAGUACAGCGAGGAGUUAAUGCAGUGGAAGGUGUUGAAGGAACACUUUGGCAGGUGCCUGAGACACUUUCUGAUGUAAUAUUGCAAAAGAUGAAGGCCCCUCCUAAGGCAAAUGAUGUGCCAGAGAUAAGGCCAGAACAACUUGUGGAAGCGGAUGGUUUUCUCUUUGGAUUUCCAUCGCGUUUUGGUGUGAUGUCGGCUCAAUGCAAGGCCUUCUUUGACGCCAGUCAUGAAAUAUGGGAAACACAAGCACUUGCCGGCAAACCUGCUGGAAUCUUCUGGAGUACUGGAUUUCAUGGGGGAGGCCAGGAGCUUACUGCAUUAACGGCAGUAACACAGUUGGCACAUCAUGGCAUGAUAUUUGUCCCUCUUGGGUACACAUUUGGAAAGGGCAUGUAUGAAAUGAACGAGGUGAAGGGUGGCUCUUCUUAUGGUGCUGGAACAUUUGCAGCAGAUGGAUCUCGUCAACCAACAGAGCUGGAACUACAACAAGCCUUUUACCAGGGUAAAUACGUGGCUGGAAUUGCAAAGAAGCUUAAAAAUUAAGGUCUUUUGGUCUCAGUUUCACCAUCACAUAAACAACUUUAAGCAGUUGUAUACUCAUAUACUCACUGUCAGAAGAAUUAUUGACUAUAAACUGAUACAUUAUCGUUCGGUCCAGUAUUUUCAGUUUAUCUCGUUGUUUCUUUGUCGCAAAUUGCACAAAGUUUGUCAUUGUUUUUGACGUCGUCAAGAUUAAGUGCAUUCCCAACAUCUGA